GAUUUCUGCAACGAACUCUCUUCAUUCUUAUCACUUCGUACUAGAUCGCCUUUGGUCUAUGGGUAAAUAAGCAUCUGGCAUCCGACCAUUUGAUCUCAAUCAUUUGUUUCCGUUUCGUAAGUUGCCUUGCUGUUGUCAGUACAGUCGGUACGAGCACGUUCUUCCGACGAUUUACAGUGCCAUGUCUGCCGAGGAACGGUCAACGCCACCAGUGGCACCAACUAGAGCCCCCCCCACAGAAGAGCAACGAACACGAGCGGAGGUAAACCGUCUUAAAGCCAUUGCGAUCCGGGAGGCUCUCAAGGAGCAAGCAGAGUCCGAACCAACUGUUUCUCGCCCUGCAUUAAACAAUGCGACCUCAUCCUCCUCUCCCACCCCGGGCAAUAAACGCUCUUUCGCAACCAUGGCCAAUAGUCGCAAAGGAGGUGAAGGUCGUGGGGAUAUCGCCAUCAAACCUGCACGCAAGUUCCAAAAAUUUGUGGAGUACGAAUUUGCCAAGAUGACGGACACGAAAGGGGGUUUUAUAUCUACCGAGGAUGACCCUCAUUCUAUGCUUUCGGCGGUAGAUCUACGGGAUAAGCCAGCACACAUGAGUUUGGAGGAUUGGGCGAAGCAUCAGUUGAAGAUGAAGCUUAUGAAGGAGAAAUCGGGACCAUAUGAGCCGGGCCUUAGUGCUCUCACUAUGGGUGAGAAGGAACAGAUCAGGUGUUAUGAGUGUGACACUGUGGAGAUUGAUUGGAGGUGGUAUGAGAUUUUCAAGUGCAGGGUCUGUGCCGGGUGCAAGGACAAAAUGCCGGAAAAGUAUAGUCUUUUGACCAAGACUGAGUGCCGGAAUGAUUAUUUCUUGACUGAUCCUGAGCUCAAGGACGAAGAAUUACUCCCGCGCAUGCACAAACCAAAUCCCCACAGAUCAACUUGGAACAAUAUGAUGCUAUAUCUUCGCUACCAGGUGGAGGAGUUUGCACUACAGAAGUGGGGUUCUAUGGAAAAUCUCGACAAGGAAUUCGAGAGGAGAAAUGGUGCCAGGAAGAAGAGGAAGGAUGAUAAGUUCCGAGCAAAGCUCAGGAGUCUUAAAAAUAAGACUCGUGUCGAGAGCUGGAAACGGAGCGCCGAAAAUGAGAAACAUGAGCAUGUUUGGGGCACCGCCGUUACGAAUACCAGCGGGGAAAGCGUUAGGACGUGUGAGGACUGCGGGUUUGAGAUUGAGGAGCUCGUAUUCUAG